AUGUAUGGAGCCAUGACGAGACACGACCUUUUGUUCCGAGGGCCUAAGCACACAAGGGCGAGUGAUCCCACCACAAGGAGGGUAGAGCGCAGCGGACUGGCCGGUGGAGGACCGUUUUAUGACGUCGUGUCUUUAGCCGCAGUGUGGGGAGUUCCAGACCUCGGAGCGCCAUCACCAAUUCUGCUUCGCAGGAGACGUUUCCGCGGACACGAAACCAGCGUGCCCCCCCCGGGCAAAGCGGGGAGGGCUACAAUAAGGUUCCGCCCUUCGCCAAGCGGGAGCGUGGAAAUCCUUGCCCUUUCAAGACAUGCUCCUCCUGCGGCUGGAACGCCAAGUGACCUCAUGGUCAAGCCUCCCAAGAGAUUCCUCCCCUCCCUCCCAAGCCGCCAAGUCAGAGCGGAAGACACGCGCUGCGUGCUACGGGAAGGGCAGACGGCGGUCUCGCGUGGGACACCCACCGCAAGCCGUGCCAAGGCGCGGUCGAGACCAUUCCGCUUUGGUCUCGGCGAGACAUGUGACCUCGACCCAAAGGGCUCUAGCGCGCGUCCUCGGCAGGCGAACAUGACUAAGCCGCCACCUGCCGCACACAGCGUCUUUUGCGCGGCCCCGGUCUUGCUCCCAAACUGGCCAAUCACGCACCCGCCUCGCUGCAGGCCGGGCCAUUUCAUCAUCUCGCCGCGACGACGGGCUCUGCGCUGUCCGCCGGCAAGGGAGGCUGCUCGGCGCCCUAUAUAUCUUGCCUGGCUGCCCUAUAUCUUCCACCUGUGGCUUCUCAUUUUCUCAUCCACACCCCCCUCCCCCCAGACCACCCUUAUCCUCUUCAAGAUCUAG